ACUCUGUUUUUCAUGCCUCUGCUGUCUUGUUGAAUGUGAAACUCUGAACUAACCUGAGUUUAAUUUCUCUUUAUGAAUGGAACGCAUACAUGAUUUUUCACUUCACUGUUGGUGGGCUGGUUCAGGUCUGUGAGCCUCAUAUUUGACACCACUGGUUUACACUGUAAUUGCAGAUGUUGUUUGGGUUUUCAGCCACACAUUUCUUCGCAGACAUCUUCAUUUUCGCAGGAUAGAGCCAAUCAAAUGUGGGCCACUGUCAGUAUGAUGGAAGGUUUAUCAAGGUCAUAGUUAGAGGAGAGCCACCUAAAUCUGAGCUUGACUCCUGUUUAUUCUAUUAAACAGCUUCUAAGGUGGUCUUAAUGUGACUGAUGGUAGAUUAGUAAUCAGUUUUGUUGUUGAUCAGCUCUGAAUCCAAACCUUUAAUUCAGUGAAAUGAGCCCAUUUGUGUUUAUGACGUGUUAUGUCCCCACCCUCAGUCUGUUUUCUUCCUCAAAAGACAAGCAGCCCUGUCACUGAACACAAACGCAUCUGUUUUCACCCUAAAUAACGUUCAGCUUUAAUGAAAAACUCCUCUUUAAACUCGCCGUCAGGAUUAAAUUUGGAUGUUCUGUUCUCGGGAAAUCUCAGUAUCCUCUGGAUAUAUAGCAAACUUUGAAGAGUCGGAUCAUCAGGCGGAAAUAGCUGCUGGAGCGUCUCAGCUGGACUCACCGUCUGUGUCUGCAGAAAACCUCGAGAUAAGCUUUGUAUCAGAAAGCAGCAGUGAUGGACAUGAGCAUGAGACACACUUUGCUGGGGUUAUUUUUGCUCGCAUCACUCUUCUCUGGCAAUGCUCAAGUGAAGUACCUUUUUGAAACACCCCCUGCCAUACUGAGACCAACAAGGUAUCAGUUACCAAUAGGGGGCAGCGUGACACUGAGCUGCUCUGUGGAGGGCUCUGGCAACUGGACGAUUUUGUGGUACAGAGCUGCUUCAUUUGGUUCUAAAGAAGAGCCUAUGACAGAAUAUGAAGGGAAGAAAGCUAUUAUUGUAUCACAAAGAGGUCUCUACUCCACACAUACAACAGUGAUAAGGCCAUCAUUAAAGACACUCUUCCUAUUACGGCCAUUUUGACUAUACAGCCCAACUGGACUAGGAUAUACAUGAGUGAAGCAUUCACUGUCAGAUGUGAGAUCCCAGGAGGAGAAGGGACUUACUGGAGCUAUGACUGGAGACCAGAAAGGUUCACCACAUAUUAUACAACCAAUGAAAGAACAUUCUACAAUGUUGGUUGGGAAGACAAUGGAAAUUAUCAAUGCAGGGGCAACAUGGGGCUUUCCUUGACAGAAUGGAGUAAUGUCAUUCCAGUCACUAUAUCAUUUAAACUGCAACCUGUCCUCACCGUGUCCCCUUCAUGGCUGAGUCCCGGAGCCUCAGUAACUCUGAGCUGUGAGAUUGAAUAUCCUUCGGAGGGAUGGAGCUUUUACUGGUAUAAAGCUAUUCCUGAUUUGGACAUAAAAGAAGAGGCCUACAAGUACGAGCUGCUACCAGAUGGCAGCGAGACUGCUCAGACUUUGUACAUCAUUACUGGACAAACACACACAGCAGCAUAUGUGUGCAGAGCGCAAAGAGGAAGGAACUACUACUACACCUAUUACAGUAAACCAAAGUUUGUCUGGUCUGCAGAUCUUUAUUCAGCAGCAUCUCUCACAGUCGGCCCUGUAGAGCAAAGAUUAAGCUUUGACUUUGUCAGACUGACCUGCAAGGGAAACUCUACUUGGUGGAGAGUGAGGAAGUUCCCUGAGAAUAGCGUGCCGUAUUGCAGUGAUGUUUGGAAUCUAGGAGAAUCCGUAUGCACACUCUACACAAAAGCUUCAUAUUCAGAUGAUGGAGUGUACUGGUGUGAGUCUAUGUCAAAACAGUUCAGCAAUGCAGUCAACAUCACUUUACAGGAUUUUUAUUCAGGUCCUCUCAUGGUGAUCCCUGAUGAUCCUGUGAAAAAGGGAACUUUCGUUAGUCUUAGCUGCAACUUGAGAAUAAAAAAAAACUUCCCCAGUGUGGCUUUUUACCACAAUAACAAACUUAUCCAAAAUGACUCCCGAGAGGAGCUGAACUUCUUGGCAGUGUCAAAGUCUGAUGAAGGUUCCUACAAGUGUCAGUACUCAGGAAAAGAGUCGCCAUCACGUUACAUGUCGGUUAAGUCUGCUGUCGGACCUGAAAGCUCUUCAUUUCCUGUCAGAAUGAAAGUCAUGAAUGCAGUCGCCUUCAUCCUGGUAAUGAUGCUGUCUAUGAAUCAGUAACACAAAUGGAAGAAACUGGAGAAGGUCAGUGAGGAGAGCAGUAGCCACAAAGCAAAAAAAGAAGCAUUUUAUGAAUCACUGUUGCUCCUCUGCUACACAAAUAUCAGACACGCUGCAUAUUUUCUAAGGUUUGUUUGUUUGAAGAUAAUACAACUAAAUACAGACUUCAUAGUUUGUUUCAGCACAAAUAAAACCAUAAAUACAUUAUUCAGGCUCUAUAAUCGUUUGUUUUUUACAAUUAAAAAGUAUAAAUAUAAUCAUUUGUAGUAAGAAAAAUCUGAAAUAUGUGAUCUUCAGUGACUGAUAAUGCAUCUGAAUAAUCUCUGUAUAGAUUGUGUAUAGAGGGUAGUAGCAUGCAGUAUGAAAAAUCUCCUGUGUCUGUCCUUAUGACAGCAGAGGUGAAACUGUACAGUAAGUGGUGCUGAGGCCAAUCAGGAUUAUCCAUGAUGAUUACAGUUUGUUUUUUUUUUACUAAUGGUCCAUAUUUGAUUUUCUACAUUUCUGUACCAAAUAAA